AUGGAUCCGGCCGGAGCACGGCCGCAGUACCCACCGAUGCCGGAUCAGAGUGCUGGUAUUUACGACCAGAACAUGAUGAAUUACAACCAACAACAGCAACAACAACAACAACAACAACAACAGCGAAUGAUGAUGUUGCAUCAGCAGCAACAAAUCCAGCAGGCUCAGGCUCAUGCGCGAGCUCGUCGGGUGCCAAGUAUGCCAAUGCCUCAACAACCCGGGCAACCGUUUGAUCCGAUGUACCAAGGAGUUCCAAUGGGUGUCAACAAUAUCGGGCCGGUGCACCUGUCCUUUACGGCCAAGUGCAGCAACAUGCUCAACACCAGCAAGUUGGUCGUUUCUUACCCGAAUCCGAAUGUACCACCGGAUGAGAGAUACAAUGUACCGUAUCCUCAAGAUAGUUCACCACCGGUGAUUCUGUCGAAAGAGGUGAUCAUGCGACCUUUUGGCCUUGAACACAACAUGAACCAUCAUACAUUCACGUUUAACCUUCGAACGGAAAUCAUUCAACAGUUGCAAUCGCCGUUCAUCGACAUUCAACUGAAGAGUUUCCAUAAGGACGAUAAGAAAAUCGCCACUCAAUGGCCACCAAAGCAAACGUCGAACGGUCAUUCAGUUCCCGGAACGCAUCCUGAAUGCAGUAUUCAGGUGCUCAUUAAUGGUCAAAUGGUACCCAUUCCCGAUUUGAGCCGUUCGUUGUUCAUCAAACAAGUGGUCGUUCAUGGGCCGAACACAAUAGAAUUCAACGUAAACCAAUGUGUUUGUGACGCUGCGGCACAGUUGGUUUUGAACAGUGUUCUUAGGACGAUUUUCCAGUUGAAUGAGAUCGAACUCGAUUAUUUUGUCGGUAAAAUGCUUCGUGAGAGUACUAGUAAUCAAGCGAUGGAAAUGUUACUGGAGACGAAUGGCGAGUAUCGACCUGUCGAACCUGAGCUGACCGGCAGAAAGCGUAGCGGCGACGAGAACGGAUCAACGCAUCCGAUCAAACGAAUCAAAAGUGAGCCGUUUCCGCAACCAGUGGUAUCACCAUUCCCGCCACCUCCCGGUUCUGCUCCAAUGGCAAACGCUUCUGCCGUCUCGUCUAUGAUGAGUCCAUUCGCGGCCAGUCAAAGUCCAUCGAAAGCUGUCUCAUCACCAUCUGGUGCACGUUUCAAUUGUGGUCCUGGGACACCCUCAACUCCUCAUCCUCCCCAGAAUCCAGCUUCCGUUGGCACUUUGCCGAAUCCCUCUCAACCAGAACCGAUUCACAGUGGCACUAGUCCUCAUCAGACACAAAUCCAGCAACACGGAAGUGUCGAAGCACCAUCUUUGACAGGAUCCGCGCCGUAUACGCCGGCUUCAGUGAAUUCCGGCGUCGCUCUGCCAGCAGUGAAUCCGUCCGAUCAUCCAUUUGGUAAUAUCAACAAUCUAUCGAUGACGAGUCUUGAUAUUGAAAUUGAUGGAAAGAGCCUGUUUGGCUCGACACUGAUGACCGCUGAUGAUAUCAAGAAGUACCUGAAUGACAGCGAUACCGUAUUCACGGCGUUUGAUGACCUGACUUGCACGAACGACCCUCCACCGAUCAGCGGAUUCCCACACUGUUGGGAGGACAUACAGUCGAUAAUCGCUGCAGACGAGAAGCGUGGUUGA